AUGGCCUGGAUUCUUCGCGCAGAAUUCGAGUAUUUGUUGUGUCUCACCUCCGAGAGGUUGGAUGUGGCGAAGUCGCGAGCGCUGCUGCAUGCAGCUCUUGACGCUCGGCUUCUUCUGACAGACGACCCCUUGUACAACGCCUACGUUGACGCAGGGAAGGUUGCGCUCAAGAACUAUCUAGGAGAGGGAAAGGACAGACAAGGACUGGGAUGGCAGAGCCGCACUUUUCAGGCCGCCAUGAUGGCCUGCAUCUGCGAUGAUGUCAAUUUGGCCCAUGUAUUCAACGUUUUAAGGGUAGAGGAACUCUUGGAGAACCUCGGAGACGAGCUCUCACCGAGUCAGUGCGCCAAAGUAAUGCUCGCUAUUGUCGGUGAAUUACACCUUGUGCGGCGCGACAUGCAGGUAGCAAGCAGCACCGACUCUCCAGAAUUUCUUGAGUUUAAGGAUAGAAGUGGCAAAUUCCUCCGAAAGGCUCUACAACUGCUUCUGUCCCUUAUUUCUGAAAGUGGCAGAGACCGGUUCUGCUACGUUAAGGAAGCCUUAAUCCAUCCGGAUGCCACCUGCGCGCGCCCAGGUCCCGCAGCGGCCUUUGGCAUUAGCUCACCAGCCGAUGCAGCUGUGGCAAAGGCGUGGAGGGGUCGGGAGCCAUUUCAGCUGGCGCAGGUAUUGCGGGCUGACUUGGACGCGAGUUCGUUAUACACGGCGUCUAUGUAUGCGCUGUACAAAAGGGGAGACGCGAUGUUCGAGACGCUUCUGCACAGCGGCAGCCUCCUUUCUCUGUGGCAUCGUCUGCAUGCCAUCUGUAAACGCCAAGCGGUACUUGGCCAAGAAGUAAUCAAGUGGAGUGUUGUGCGACAAGCUCCAAGACUCAACAGAUUGCGGCAGUUGAUUCUGACGCGACUUAUUCAGUGCCUUUACCAACCCCAGUAUAAACAACCUCUCGGUGGCCCUGCAACCGCCGGUGAAAAGAUGAGCAACGACGACGAAAGGGUUCUUGCAGGGCUCAUUGCAGAAAGCCUCGUUCUUUCCGUUAAAGGAAACACCUCGACGAAGAACGUAUCCUCAACCCUUCAGGGCUUUAGUAGUGGUUGCACUCGCGGAAACAAAAUCCAGCUUUGGAGCGAGGAACUGCUUGGUCCUCAUGCGCUGAGUGAAGGUUUGGUGCUAUGA